CAAAAAGAUAAAAGAAGACCAAUAAAUGAUCCAUUAGCUUUACGAUCCAACCACCCACGACCCAGAUACGCCCUCGCAAUUAAGUGCAGUGUAAGCCAACAAACAAGCGUUUUAAAACCCAUUUCAUCUCUCAACCAAACAACAAAACCCUCUUCACAGAAUCAAACCUUCAAGAACAAUGGCGUGAAGCAUCGACAACAUCUUGGCGUGCUGGGUACCACUGAAAGCGUCAAAUUUCAUGAGAUAACAAAAGCAAUAAAUACACAAAAAUCAACGUCAUUUGUUUGCUCAUAUAUUCUUGUGCUUUGAUCAGUGAGCAGUGCAGAAAAGAGCGAGAGAGAGAGAGAGUAUUUAUCUUUACAGGUUUUGUUCUGUAUAUGUUUAUGAGUAAUAUCUGCAGAAUUCGUCAACCUGGGAAAGUCCGGAGAGCACAUCCUAGACGGUAUCUUCGGCUGCAUCAAUGAAAUCACAGCAGCCCUCGCGUUCGCCAGGAUGAGUGACUCAGCAUACAGGGUAGAAACCACAUCCCGUCUUGCCCAAUGGAGGAUCGAAAAUCUAGCUUCCUGCACCUACCGCAAAUCCGAUCCUUUCAAAAUCGGCAAGUGGAAAUGGCAUUUAUCGGUGGAAAAAAACAAGCUUUUAUAUGUUAAAUUAUACCCAGAGAUAUCGAGCGUAACAAGGGCCAAUCCCCCGAUUGUAUCUUUCAUCAUCCGAGUGGUUUCCUCUGUAGGAGAUCGGAAGGCUUUGACUCAUCCAGAAAUUAUAGACAAACAGCUCAAAAACAACGACGACUUUAUUUGGCCAAUUGAAGUUCCAUUAACGGGAAAGUUCAUUAUUGAUGUCGAAUUCCUUGACUUGAAGACUGCCUCACCCGAGGGUGGGGAACCUUCCUCCAUCUGGGCGGAUGGAUUGACACAACAACGAUCGAAUUCAAGAGCUCUUAUUUCAUUGGGUCGAAUGUUGAAGGAAAGCAUCCACACCGAUAUCAUAAUUAAUGCAUCUGAUGGAAGUGUUAGAGCACAUCGUGCUAUUCUUGCUUCACGAUCACCUGUUUUCCACAGCAUGUUUUCACAUGACCUGAAAGAAAAGGAACUAUCUACGAUAAACAUCUCUGAUAUGUCUUUUGAAGCUUGUCAGGCACUUCUUAAUUAUCUGUAUGGUAAUAUCCAACAUGAAGAGUUCCUCGUCCAUAGACUGGCACUUCUUCAUGCAGCUGAUAAAUAUGACAUAGAUGACCUAAAAGAAGCCUGCCAUGAUAGUCUGCUAGAAGAUAUUGAUGCCAAAAAUGUUCUUGAAAGACUCCAAAAUGCAUCUCUUUAUCAAUUGCCAAAACUGAAGACCAGCUGCAUGCAGUAUCUUGUGAAGUUUGGCAAGAUACUCGACAUCCGAGAUGAAUUCAAUGUCUUUCUGCAAAAUGCAGAAAGGGACCUAAUAGCUGAGAUCUUCCAUGAAAUUCUUAAUGCUUGGAAAGGUUUCUAGCUUGAUGAAGAGGAUGAUUAAUGUUGGUGUGUUUAUGGUGUACACAUAAGAUUGCUACAAGGAUUUAGUGUCAGAAUUUGUAACCUUGAAAGGUAAUUCUUUCUCCAAAUUGUUUGUCCUGAAAUUAGUCAGGUUUCUCAUGAUAGAUGACGGUGUUAUGAAUACAAACACAAUUGAAAGAAAUGUAAAUAAUUUCAUGUUC